AGAGUUGGCUGUCGAGUGUGACGCCGAGGUUCUUAGCGGUCAAAGUGGGCGUUAGUACGGAGUUCCCAAAGUUGACUGUCAGGUCCUGGGUAAGCGAAUCUUUUCCGUUACACUAUCAGUGCUGUUUUCACAUUAAUGGAGUAAAUUGUCAAAUCAGUAAUGUGUAACACCAACACUUACCAGAGUUAUUUGCCGUAGUGUUGAUUCGUAUAACUGUAUUUAGUGACAGGCUGCAGGGUAGCACUGACGCCUGCAGGUAGCGCUGUCUCCUCACAGCAAGAAGGUCCUGGGUUCGACUCCGCCCAGAUGCCUUUCUGUGUGGAGUCUGCAUGUUCUUCUCUGUCUGCGGGGGUCACAGUAACUCUAAAUUGCCCAUGUGUGUGGUUGUUUGUCUCGGUAUUAGCCCAGCGACAGGCUGGUGACCAGUACAGGGUGCUCCGUGACUCCAUCCCCCCACACACUAAUGAUAGUGAUAUUAACACUCUCCAGAGUUAUUCAACCUGUAGUGUUAGGGAGGGAGGGGAAAGCAGGGAGGUGAGGCUGAAGGGAGCAGAAUUCAAGUCAAAGGUUAUUAUCAAUACAAGAACAAACCAAGGUGAAUCUGAAAAUUCAAGUGUUGGUCUUAAACAUAAAAAAAUUUGCCAGGUCUUGAACAAACUACGGUCUCACUCACCCAAACACUGAGUCCAAGCUAACAGACAAGAAGAUUGUGAGGAAGGGGCAGAGAAGCAAAAGAACAAAGCAGAGAUGCAAAAGAUUAACACUGUUGAGAGGGGGAGAGAAAGAGAGAGAGAGAGAUAGAUGCAUGGAGGGAGGGGGGAGAGAGACUGUGUUAAGGUGAAGAGUGGGGAGGAAAUCUGACAGACAGAAAGCAGAUGACGAGUGUUGAUCGAGCACAAGGCGAGAGGGGAGGUGAGGAGCACUGCAGGUGAAGUUAUCAGGAGGUGAGAAUGAGGGGACGUCGCCUGAAGCCACUCUUCUCUUUGGGGAUCGCUCUCUUCUGUUUGGGGAUUCUGCUGACCACUCUCGUCUGGUACACGGGCAACAAUAACGUGGAAACUCGACAGCUGUCUUUUCAAAAGAAAAGAGCCCCUCCGCCUUCUGAACUUUGUAAAGGCUGCAGGCAUGUCAUCGACAAAGUAAGAGAGCGUUACAAUAAAACCUGGAUUAAGCAGGUGGACGAUUACCUAAAAUUCAGAUCUCAGCUGAGCAGAAAGUGCCAUGGUUUUGACAGUGCAUUCAUCACCCAGGACAACACCCCAGUGGGAGCAAAGAUUGUGUAUGAUGGAGAAAAGACACGCACCCUCCAGGUGACCCCGGAGAUUUUCAGCACCUUCCCAAAGGAGCAUCCAUUCUCAAACAAAAUAUGGGGAACAUGUUCCGUUGUUGGGAACGGUGGGAUCCUGUCCAACAGCAGCUGUGGAAAGAUGAUUGAUUCAGCCGAGUUUGUUAUAAGGUGUAACCUACCUCCCUUGGACAACGGCUAUGAGAAUGAUGUGGGGAUUAAGACUGACCUUGUGACAGCAAAUCCAAGCAUCCUCAUUAAGAAAUACGGGUCUCUGCAACAGCGUCGGCGUCCGUUUGUGGAAAGUCUGCGUAGCUAUGGCAACUCUUUGCUGCUCCUUCCCGCCUUCUCCUACGGCUUCAACACGCCUUUGUCCCUGCGGGCCGUGUACAGCAUUGAGGACUUUAAAAGCCCCACCCGGCCUGUCUUCUUCAACCCCGAGUACCUGGAGAGUUUGGGCCUCUUCUGGCGCUCCAGAGGCCUAAAAGCAGUACGUGCCAGCACCGGCCUGAUGAUGGCGAGCUUGGCGCUGGAACAUUGUACCGAUGUGCAUCUUUAUGGGUUCUGGCCCUUUGGUAAUCACCCCCAGGGACUCCAUGCGCUGACUAACCACUACUACGAUGACGCACUAGUUAACAAAAGAGUCCAUGCCAUGCCGGUUGAGUUUGAAUUCUUGUUGCAGCUGCAUAGUCAGGGGGUGCUCAGGCUUCACCUGGAAGAUUGUCAACCAGGUGAAAAGUAGUUCCCAAAACCAGCAGAAGGGCCGGAGAGAAGUGCCUCGAUUUGUAGCCCACUCGCUUAUAAAGUCUUUCAUAUCAUUUUGAAUGAACGGACAGAUCAUUUGGGCUCAUGACAUGUGUCCAAACACUAGGUGGGUUUGUAUGUGUGGAUCUGCUAUUGAACAGAGGCACGGGGCCCAUGUGCAUGUUGAUGUAAGGGUGCAUAUGGGUGAGUGCUUGGUGAUGGGGACAAGUGUGUAUGUGUGUGGAUGGGAAGCAAAUUAUUUUUUUACCGUGUCUCAACCUGACGUGUCACAUGUCGUUAUAUGAUGAAGGUGAUUGUAGUGGCCAUUUGUCCUUGGGAUCAAUAAACAAUUGUGUCAAAGGGCCACUCGUGCACCACUGGUUUGUUUCUUUUACGCAGAAAGAGA